AUGAGUGCGACCAAGCAGAACCGGGCCUCAGCCACCAGCCUCAGCGACCCCCUGCAGCGUGCCUUCAACAGGGGGAUCACGGGCACAUGCUGCUACAGGUUGUCGGAGUUGGCCGCUGAUAAACAGGAGGAAAAUCAGCGCCUUGGGACGCUUUUGCACCUCAGCCAUCUUCGCUAUCUUCAAAGAGCAGUGGAGAUCAUGAGAUACGGGGACUUGCUGCCACUGCCUUUCUCUGGAACAGGAGUGGACUGUUACGAGCAGAGGUUUGACCUUAUCACCCUCUGA